AUGGCUUAUGCGUCACGUAUCAUCAAUCAUUCCAAGAAGUUGAAGGAUUUUGCCACUUUAUUGCGGCGUGAGAAUGCUGCAACGAUCCGUUAUUUCUCCAACACUAAUCGAGCUCCUCUAAACGCUGAAGAAACUUUCAAUGCCCGUCUUGGCUAUUCACCAGUGGAGAGGAUUUCCAAAUGUAGCACAGGCACUGUACCGGUGUCUUAUAGAUUUUCAACUAUGAGAACAAAACUAAGCAGAACAAUGGGAAUGCCAAUGGACUCAGUUAGAGGAUUCUCAUCGGGUUCAGAUCUGCCUCCUCAUCAAGAGAUCGGGAUGCCUUCUCUCUCGCCAACAAUGACUGAGGGUAACAUUGCCAAGUGGCUGAAAAAAGAAGGGGAUAAAGUUGCUCCUGGUGAAGUACUCUGUGAAGUUGAAACUGACAAAGCUACCGUCGAGAUGGAAUGUAUGGAAGAGGGUUAUCUCGCCAAGAUUGUAAAGGCGGAAGGGUCAAAAGAAAUUCAAGUCGGGGAGGUAAUUGCUAUUACAGUUGAAGAUGAAGAAGACAUUGGAAAGUUCAAAGAUUACGCUCCAUCAUCUACCGCUGAUGCCACUCCUCCUAAAGAAGAACCAGCUCCUUCACCACCAAAGGAAAAGAAGGUUGAACAGCCAUCAUCGCCUCCUGAACCGAAGGCUUCCAAGCCUAGCCCACCUCCCACAGGAGAUCGUGUUUUUGCAAGUCCUCUUGCAAGAAAGUUGGCUGAAGAUAAUAAUGUGCCUCUGUCAAGCAUCAACGGCACAGGUCCUGAAGGACGGAUAGUCAAGGCAGAUAUCGAGGAAUACUUAGCCUCAGGUGGUAAGCAAGCUACUGCGAAGCCAUCUAAGACCACUGAUUCUAAGGUUCCAGCUUUGGACUAUGUUGACAUCCCUCAUUCUCAGAUACGAAAGGUCACAGCCUCACGUUUGGCAUUCUCAAAGCAAACUAUCCCUCACUAUUACUUAACCGUCGAUGCAUGUGUUGACAAACUUAUGGGUCUGCGGAGUCAUCUCAAUUCAUUCCAAGAGGCUUCUGGUGGGAAACGGAUAUCCGUCAAUGAUCUUGUUGUUAAGGCUGCUGCAUUAGCUCUCAGAAAAGUUCCUCAGUGCAAUAGCUCAUGGACUGAUGAUUACAUCCGCCAGUUUAAAAACGUGAACAUCAACGUCGCUGUGCAGACGGAAAAUGGGCUCUAUGUUCCUGUUGUGAAGGAUGCAGACAAGAAAGGUCUUUCUACAAUUGGAGAAGAAGUUCGAUUAUUGGCUCAGAAAGCAAAAGAGAACAGCUUAAAGCCAGAAGAUUAUGAGGGAGGAACAUUUACAGUCUCCAACUUGGGAGGUCCUUUUGGAAUAAAGCAGUUCUGUGCAGUCGUUAAUCCCCCUCAAGCCGCCAUUCUAGCAGUUGGAUCUGCUGAAAAGAGAGUUGUCCCUGGGAAUGGUCCAGAUGAAUACAAGUUUGCUUCGUACAUGCCUGUAACAUUGAGCUGUGACCAUCGCGUAGUAGACGGUGCCAUUGGAGCUGAAUGGUUGAAAGCAUUCAAGGGAUACAUGGAGAACCCUGAAUCUAUGUUGCUCUAA